CUGUUUGCCCUAGACGUAUGCCUCGGCCGACCAAGGCGCUCCCUAUUCCCGCCGCCAAGUGGUGUCAUCUGGGCCUCGCUGCGUUUUCGUUGUUCCCGGGAGCGGAAGGAGCCGAGGGUCCGGUCAUAGGGUACAUCCAGGAACUCCAGCUGCAAAUUGGUUUAAAGAUGCCUGCAGUGGCCUUUCUGUUGAAGAGAGCAAGCUGUUUAGAAACGUAGGAGGAGAACUUGGAUACAAAUCGAGACGGACAACUGCAGGACACCCAGCUAUGGACCCAAGAGAGAGUCAGGUCCGAGCUCUGUGCCAGCCUGACCUAGAAAUUGAUGGGGAUGAAGACUCUGGAAUUGAAGAUGAACCCAGAGCAGAAGAUAGAAACUCUACUAUCUUUGUUGCCCUUAAAGGGGAUAUAAAAGACCAAGACUUGCAUCAGAAACUGGAAAAGAUAAUAUAUGGAGUGCCUGAGCUGAUUAACAUGGAGUGUGGCCAGCUGAAGUUAAAAAAGGUGGAACCAUGGAACAGCGUUCGGGUCACGUUCAACAUCCCCAGGGAAGCUGCAGAGCGCUUGCGUCUUCUGGCUCAGGGCAACAACCAGCAGCUGCGGGAUCUGGGAAUUCUGUCUGUCCAGAUAGAAGGAGAAGGGGCGAUAAGUCUUGCAUUAGCUCAAAACCCUGCACAGGAGGUUAGAAUGAAUGGACCAAUGGCAGCAAGUAACGCAAUGAGAAUUGACCCAGGUUUUGCGGUUCAGGGCAGAGCAGGCCUCAUCAGGAUGAAUAACCCUGCUGCCGCAGGCACCAUGAUGUCCCAAGGUCCCCAUGUUUCAUCUUCUAUGAUGGCUGUAGGUGGCAAUGCCGAACUCCAACCAAGGACUCCAAGACCUUCUUCACAGCAAGAUGCCAUGGAUCCCCUUGUGUCUGGUUUGACAGUUCAGCAACAGAGCCAUCCGUCUGGUUCCCUGACUCCUCAGCUCCACCAAAUGCAGGCAGUUGUAGGCAACCGACCAGCCAAUCCAGCCAACUUUCAGCAGUUUCAGCAACAGGCUCGCCUGCCGCAGCAUCAGCAAGUUUCUCAAGGCAUUCGUCCUCCUUUUGCAACUCCUGCACAGGUCCCUGUUCCUCCAGGCUGGAAUCAGCUUGCAUCAGGAGCCUUGCAGCCUCCCCCGGCUCAGGCAAAUAUGGGGGCUGUUGUUCCCAAUCAACAGUGGAAGAAAUCUGCAUUGGGUGCAGGAGGGCCAUUACAGCAGCAACAGCAGCAAUUUACACAGAGACCGUCUCUGUCAGCAGUGCAGACACCAUCCCACCCUCCCCCUCCUUACCCAUUUGGCAGCCAACAGGCAUCCCAAGUUCACUCUAAUUUCCCUUCUAUGGCUAACUCAAAUCAGUUCAGCACACCUCCAAUGAAACCAAUGCAGGGGGGACCUCAGAGGGUGAUGACUCCAAUGCAGCAACCCCAUCUCUCCAAAUCUCCGGCCUCAUCUCCUUCUUCCUUCCAGCAGAGCUCACCUGCAUCGUCCCCCACAGUGAUCCAAACCCAGCAACAGGCCAUGGGACCACGACAAGGACAAGGCAGUUCAUUGCCUCAGGGUUUCCAACAACAGGCUGUCAGCUCUCCGGGGCGCAGUAGUGUGAUACCACAGGGGAACACAGCAGGAAACUUUAUGAUGCAGCAGAAUCAGGGUCCACAGGGUAUUCAUGCAGGAAUUCCUAAGCGGAUGCUGCCUGGCUUUUCAGCAGGGCAAGCAAAUGCCAAUUUUCUGCAGGGGCAGACCCCACCUAGCAAUGCAGGGUCACCAACUAAUGGUGGAACAGCUCAGCAGCAAGCUACCAACGCUGGACAGGGAGCAGGUGGCCAGGCUAAUGGAUCAUCCCAUGGUCAGCUUCAAGGGUCUCAUAGUGGUGCCAACAUGAUGCAGACCAAUCUGAUUGGAUUUAAUAACAACCUGAAUAACCAGCAAACCAGUGGCGGUGGUGUGAGUCAAGUUAGUAUUGGUGGACUGCACGGUCAGGGCCAGCAAGGACCACAGUCCCAGAUACUUGGCAUGCAUCAACAAAUCAUUAACUCCCAAGGACAAAUGGUUAACCUUCAAGGACAGAAUCCUCUGAAUGCCCAAGGUCAACUGGUACUUUCAAGAGCACAGCUCAUGUCGCAGGGACAGAUGCUGGCAGGACCUCAAAAUAUGGGUCAGACACCCCAGAGGAUGACGCCCCCGAAGCAAAUGAUGCCUUCUCACAGUCAGAUGAUGACAGCCCAGAAUCAGGCUGUACUGGAGCAGAUAAUGCAGGGAAAUAAACAAGGAUUUAACAACCAAAACCAAGGGAGUGUCAUGGUAGGAGCUAGUCAGAUAAUACGGGGACCAGCCUCUGGUCUUGCCAACAGCAUGGUUCAGUUCUCAGGGCAGGCUAUUUCCCAGCAGGGAACAGUGGGUGGUAACCCUUCACAGGGUGUCAACAUACAGACUCAGGUCCUCCGACAAGCUGGACCAGGACAGCAUCUUCAGCAGUCUCAUGCAGAAUCUUCUCAAGCUACUGGUGACUUAGGGAAUAUGUUGUCUGAUUUACCCAUGCAGCAAACGGGCAAUAUGGCUCAACAACAUCCUCAACACUUGCAGAACAUGCCUGGGAAUAACGGACCUGGACAACACUUUCCUGGACACGGCCUAAAUUUCAAUUCUCCUUUUGGUCAAGGUGGCAAUGGAAAUCAGAUGUCCUGUGGACAAAAUUCAAACUUCCCUGUCAACAAAGAUGUUACGUUGACCAGCCCUCUUCUGGUAAAUCUUCUUCAGAGUGACAUAUCUGCUGGUCACUUUGGUGUAAACAGCAAACAGAACACGACUGCUGCCAAGCCAAAGAAGAAGAAGCCACCAAGGAAGAAAAAGAACCAACAGGGGGGGGAGGAACAUAUGAAUGCUGCUGAACCUCGUAUGGAAGACUCUGAUCAAUCUGGAAUAGUUGGAGAUCAAUUAGGAGUCUUAGAUGCUGGUCAGAAACUCUCAGAAUUCCAAAACCGGCCACCAGGCUACCCAACACAAGGACUUGAGCAGAGACAGCUUCAGCAGAUUCCUUCUCAGUUAAUGCAGCUUGGACAGCAACAGGGUCAAAGCGGGCAGAAUCAACAGCCUACCCCUUCUCAGCAGAUGAUGAUGAUGUUGAUGAUGCAGCAACAGCAACAGCAGCAGCAUCAGCAGCAGCAGGAACAGAAAACAGUUCGGCUUCCUUUGCAACAGAACAUCUUUAACCCCCGGGCUGCUAUGAACACAGAUGCUCAGAGAAUGCCCAUGCAGCAAGGAGGCAGCAUGCAAGCUAUGGUGAAUUUGCAAAGUACUGGUUCCAUACCACCUUCACCUGACAAGCAGAGAAUGGCAAUGCUAUCUGGUGCAUCAUUUGGAGGCAGUGGUAGAAAAAUGGGCUUUCCAGAGAGUGGGCAAAAUCCAACAGGGUCACCUCUGGGAGAUGGAUCCUCAGCUGCUUCACUUGGUGACAUUCCUGAGCUCCCCCCAGCUCCUGGAUCUCAAAACAAUAUGGCCCAACAUAUGCUUAUGCCUCAAAAUCCAAUGAUGAUGGCUGGAUCUAAACCAGGGACUGCCUCCUCUCUUUCACAAGGCACAAGCCCUCAACAGCAGCACUCCAAUACUAUGGGUGGAUCCCAUGGGCACCAUUACCAAAAUGUCCAGACUCCAUCUCAGUCUUCAAGGCCGAAGACACCCAACAGAGCAAGUCCGAGACCUUACUACCCUCAGACACCCAAUAAUCGCCCUCCUAGUACUGAGCCAUCAGAAAUUAGCCUUUCUCCAGAAAGACUCAAUGCCUCCAUUGCUGGUCUUUUUCCUCCUCAGAUCAAUAUUCCAUUACCUCCUCGGCCCACCCUCAAUCGAGGUUUUGAUCAGCAAGGGCUGAAUCCAACUACUCUAAAAGCAAUUGGACAAGCUCCUCUAGGGUUGACUGUGAACAACCAGUCUAAUUUUGCUUCACACAUGAAUAAGAUGGAUAAUGGAGCAGGAAAGCCGCCAACUGGUGGCGCUAGCAAACGAGCAAGUCCAAGCAAUAGUAGGCGCUCAAGUCCCGCAUCAAGUCGCAAAACAACACCAAGUCCUGGUAGGCAGAACUCUAAGACUCCUAAGAUGGUACUUGGGGGGCAGACCCCUGGAAUAUUACAUAAUAUGGAGAUGCAGAGAAACAUGUUGGCAGGCCAACCAUCUGCACCACCACCUCAAACAGCAUCCUUAAUGGGACAAUACUCAACACAAUCUAUACCAAGUGCAGCUGUUACCUCUGAGGAAAUCAAAGAAAGUUCAAGCUUGAUUCAAGAAAAUGAGAACCAAACCAUGCAGAUGAUCCACAGGGAGCACUCAGUAGCAGACCAUAAAACAGAUGUUCACCAAGAAAUGAAAAUGGUGUCCCCAGAGGAGCUAGCUAAGAAGGAAGCCCUAUUCCUAGAAGCAUCAAAACUUCAACGCCCCGAAGAUCUGUCUGCCAUUUCACCAGCCAUGAGAGAUGCCCCAACAUCCCUAAGUCAACUACUGGACCACUCUGGUGCUCCCAAUGUUAAUAUCAAGCCAUCGGGUCCACUUCCUGAAACAUCUAUUAUGUUGCCACCAACAGAAGACUCAAAAACAAUGGAUGUUACUUCUUUGCCAGGGGACACGCUAAAAGAUACAGCUUGUGUGCCUAAUACCCAUCCUUAUGCAGAGGCAUCCAAUGUCCAGUCAAGGACUGACACAGCGGAGAAUAACACUAAUGUGCCCUUGAACCUACCAGGUAACAGUUUGAAGAGGCCUGGUGGUCCCCCUGCUGCUUCCAGUUCGAUGACACCAAAUCAAAUAACUGUUUUUGUAACAUCAAAUCCUAUAACCCCUUCAUCCAGCGUGUCAGCCUCGAUGUCUUCUCAGAUGCAGCCCACUUUGGUACCAACUGUAGUCACUAUGGCCAAUGUUGGAAACAAAGUGAUCGUGUCUGAAGGACAGCCUCCUGUACAGUCUAGUACACGCCCACAAUUUAUCACUCCAGUCUUUUUUAAUUCCUCUUCUAUUAUCCAAGUAAUGAAAGGAUCACAGCAAAAUAACAUGCCAUCUCCCAACACUAACAUAAUGCCUCAGUCUGUUGCAGUUGUUGGACCUUUGCAUAUCCCUCAAAAUGUUCAGUUCCCUGGACCAUCAACAUCUACUGUUCCUUCCAGUAGCACCAACAGUUUACCUACAACCCGACCAGCCCUCACAAGCCCGGUACAAAUGACUGCCCAACGUGCACCAUCUCAGUCUCCUUCCCCACUCCCACAACCAUCAGCCAAAAUGCAGUACGGCUCAGAUGACCUUGGCACUCAACUUGGCUCUGCUUCUGAUUUAUCUUCACCUGUUAAUAUGAAGCCCACUUUGUCACCAACAGUUGGCAGCAAUAUGGACCCAUCUGGCAGCAAGUUCCUACCCGCACCUUCCGUGGUUCAAGGCAAAGUUGCCAAUCAAGACCAUAUGGAAAGCUCUGAAGCCAGCUGCUCUGGUGUGGGUGGACCAGGAAGGUCACCAUCCCUGACCAGUACAGAGAGUAACAGCACUUCUACACUGUCCAUGGAACCAAUCGUCCAUGCAUCCAGCAGUCCCAUUGACCUUCUGCCGUUUCCGUCUCCAAAUCCACCAAUGAUGCUAUUGGCUGAAAAAAGUAGCGCAGGCACAUUAGCUGAGCAAAUUAGCGCCACCUUCGAUGACACUGUUCCAGAACAAAUUUUAGAAACAGAUGCUGAUAUGCCAGAGAAUAUGGAGUGUGAGCCAGAAGAAAAGUCCAGGCCCCCAAGUCGUAGGAAUUCCAGAAUGGAAGAAUUUCCCAUCCCACAAGACAUCUUGGAGAGUGGACAGCGAAAGCGCGCGCCCCGUCCCAGCGCUGCAUCGAAUUCCGCGAAAGAACCUGGAGCCAGUUCCAACCAAUCCAAACGGAGGAAGUCCAAGUAGACAUUUUUUUUUCUUUUUUUUUUUUUUAUUGGCACAUCUGCUGACAGAUCUGUAUAUGUUCGUGAGCUGUGAUAUAUCUCUAUUUUUUUAUCAACUGGAGGUGAAUAUGUUUGUACAGUUCUCAUAGUUUUUAUUGUCGUUUUCCUGUCUUUUGGGGAAACUUAGUUUUUCUUUCUUAUUUUAAUGAACUGAGAUUUUAAACUACCUACACACCCCCAUUUUACCUAAGGUCUUUUCCUUUGCGGCCCAUUUAAUACCAGGGAAAGACUUAAUAAGAAUGUUAGGGAUAAUAAAAUUGUCUUUGAUUUUUUUUUUUAUUUAAAUUCACUGUAGUAUAUAUUUAAAAAAACGGUCACAGUUUUUUUUUUU